CCACAAGUAUAAUUGUGAGGCAGAGACAUUUUUCUGCCGUUGCCCUAAAACCCUUUCCUUAAUAUAUGCUAGAAACCAAAACCAGACAACAGCUGCAAAACCCUAGUACCUCAUCAUCAUCAGCAGGUUUAUUAGCUUUCAAGCCUAGGCAGGUGCUUCUAGCACAGUCCUCAAAGUCCAAUCUUGUUAUUAUGGCUAAGAAGCAUCAGCCUCAAGAAAACAAAUCUCUUUUACACCAAUCUAUACUCCAUUAUCUUAACCUCAAUGGCUUCUCCAAAACCCUCAAAUACUUCCUCAAAGAAACUCAAACUGAGGGUGACAGUUGGAAGUCUUGCUCCCACAGUUUGGAGGAUAUAUUUUGCAAGCAUCUAAACAACUGUACUGACAAUGAUACAACCUCUAAGGGCCACAGUGAGGCAGGGCCGGAUGGCGCAAAUGUGAACAACAUUGCUACUAAUGCUGCUGACUCUCAGGAAACAAUUAGUAAGAAAAAGAAGAAAAAGAGAAGCGAAGACAAAAAUGGUGAUGUUCCAGAUGCUUCUCUUUCGGAAAGUGUUGAUAAAUCGGCGAACAACGCUACUACACCUCAAGAGGUUUUAGCAGAUGAUAAGGUGGACGUGCCUUUGAAGAAGAAGGAGAAGAAAAAGAAGAAAACCGAGGAGAAAUCAAACGGUGUAGUACCUAUAGGCAAUGAUAAUGAUGAUGUUACCGGGAAAAUAACUAAAAAAGAUAAAAAGAAGAAGUCCAAGGAAGAGAAUGGUGCUACUGAUUCUAAGGAUUCCAAGAAGAGGAAAAGAUCGGCUUCUGAUGAAAAUUCAAACGAGGGAGUUGAGGUGGUUGGAACUGAAGAAUCAAAACGUAGAAAGACCGAUGGCUUGGAAGAAUCAAAGGCUGUUGCCGAACAAGAACAAAAUGGUGAAGUCAGUGUUGGUAAUCAUCAGGAUGAGUUGAACAAUUCUGCUAAGCAGAAAUCAUCGAGGAAAGAACUUAAUGGAUCAGCAGAGCCAAAAACUGUAAAUGCAUUUCAAAGAGUGAAAAUCGAGCAAGUGCAGUUUAAAGAUGAUAGACUUAAAGAUAACUCUUAUUGGGCAAAGGAUGGUGCAGAAAUUGGCUAUGGUGCAAAGGCACAGGAAGUCUUGGGCCAGGUUCGAGGAAGGGAUUUCCGACAUGAGAAGACCAAGAAGAAGCGAGGAAGUUACAGAGGAGGGCAAAUCGACUUGCAAUCACACUCGGUCAAGUUCAACUAUUCGGAUGAGGAGUAACAUUCUUUCAUGCUGUUGCCCGAGUAAAACUUAUAAAUCCUUUAAAAAGAAAAGGAAUUCUUUUUGUAGUUGUGGGUUUUGAAUUUAUAAGCAGAACGAUAAAAGAUUUUGUCAAACUUAGAAGUUGACCCUAUCAAGAUAAUCCCGCCUUUGAAACACUGAAAAAAGGGUCCUUCGCGUUUUCUUUUUCUUGUUUCUUAAUUUCUUCAAGUGUUUUUGAGCUCAGAAACUGUGUUAAUUCAUGAAUUUGUAUUUAUAUUAAUCAUUCAAAGUCUCUUAAUAAAUUAAUUGAGAACAUGUCA